AUGCCGGCAUUGUGGAGAUUUCUCAUCUUCUUUCUCGGUAUCCUGGCCCCUUUCCCAUCGGUAGACGCCAGGUCCAAGCCCGCCGGCCUGGUCGAUCUCGGAUACGCCAAACAUGUGCCGACGUAUGUCAACACAACCGCGUCCGGACGCAAGGUGUCGGUUUACAAAAACAUCCGCUUCGCCAACUCCCCAACCGGCAACCUGCGGUUCCGUCUUCCCGACACGCGGCUCCCUAAAGUCCCCGGAAUCCAAGAUGGCAACGUCCCUGACUCCGAGAACCAUUGCAUAUCGUCUGCCCAUCCUGGCGCGCCCUUCCCGCCGUACAACGGAACGACCUGGGGCCGCGAAGACUGCUUGUUUCUUGAUGUGUACGUUCCCGACAACGUCAAGCCGGGUGAUAACGUGCCCGUUUUGCACUACUUUGUCGGCAGCGCCUUUGCGUUUGGCAGCAAGGAGAUGUUCUUCAGCCCCUUGGGUUUGUUUGACGUCAUGGAUGAUGACAGGAAAUUCAUCUUUGUGGCCAACAACUAUAGACUUGGUUUGCCAGGCUGGACAUACAUGCCCGGCGAGGACAUGACGGCCAACCUCGGAAUGCAUGACUGUCUCGCGGCCGUUGGAUGGACGUCCGAGUACAUCCGUCGCUUCGGCGGAGACCCCCGUCGUGUCACAGUACUCGGCCAGAGUGCUGGCGCAGGAAUCAUCGGGCUCCUUACCGUUCUUGACGGCGGGAAGGGCAAGCUUCCUUUCCAGCAGGCAAGCGCGUGGGCGUCCUCUCCCGACAUCCCCCCGCGAAGGAAUACGGUAGAGCGACAACGGAGAAUGUUCCAGCUGAUCCUCGACGCAGCAGACUGCACUUCGCUGGAUUGCCUCAGAUCGCUGCCGGAACAAGAACUGCUCCGUCUUAACCACCUGUUCAUUAACGUGUUGCCGUCAGAGAGCGGUCCCGGCCUUUUUGGCCCAGUGCCCGGCUUUGGGCCAGUUCCGGACGGUAGCUUCAUCCCGGACACGCCCCAGGCUCUCUUCCAGCGGGGUGAUUUCCAUAAGGAACUUAAAUCUCUAGUCUUGGGCAAUGUCGCCAAUGAAGGCAUGGGACUCUCGUUCGAUGUCGGCAUGCCCGAGAACUUUCCGUUUCUUGUCCGACAAAUUUUCACCACUGCAAGCAAAAAGACCAUCACCGACAUGCAGUCCAUGUAUGAUUUCGCUGGCAACCCGGCAAGGUUGGCUUGGGACUGGACAACGGACGUGAUCUUCGCCUGCAAUGCCGCAAACAUUGCCAACGCAUAUCAGGAUCGGGCACGGCGGUACAUUUUCUCUGCGCCACCGGCAGUUCACGGACAGGAUUUGAGUUAUAUUUUCUAUGCCGAUCAGGAGACAACUCCUGCCGAGGACGUUCAAGCCACUGUGGUGUUUCGAAAGAAUCUGUUGAACUUCCUCUACGGAUGCAGGAUUGAUUGGCCGCAUUACGGGCGGGAUAAAAAGAUCACCAACGUCACGGCCACGGAGUUUGACACCAUGCCGCUCCCUGCCGACUUGGACGCUCGCUGCCAGAAGGUCAAUAAGAUGGUGCUGGAUCUCGCCAACGGAGUUUGA